UUUGGCAGAAAUGCAAGGCAAGGUUGCAUACGAUACACCCUUAUGGUGGGUCCCUUCCCUGACUGCGCAUAGCGGGAGCUUUAGUGAAUUGGUCUUCCCUUUUAGUAUUAUAAUUAGUUUUAAUCCACUAAUCUUGAAUAAUAAGAUCAAUUAGGGUUUUUAGCACUUUAUUUUGACAUUUGGAUAUUUUAUUCUCAAAUUUUGUCUCUCUUUAAUUUCUCAUCUUUAAUCAUUAUUUAUUGUUUAUUUAAGUAACCCAAUUCUUAUCAAGUGGUAUCAGAUCUGUUCCAUCAAGGUUCCGCUCUUGAUAAUCUUGGGAGUUCCAAGAAAAAUAAAAGGAGAUUUUUUUGGUGUAAUCGCAAAAGGUAAGCUACAUAGCCCCAAAAACACAUAGAUCAAAAGUGAUUUAAAGCCCUAUUUUGAAGGAAUUAGAGAUAACAAUUAAUAUAAUACCAAUUACAUUCUUUAAUUUAUGAAAAGAACCAAAGAUAUCAAGUUAAAGAAAUUAAUCUUACCCCUUAAAGAUUCGUUCUUAUAAGGUUGUAAGAUAAAUUGAUAGUCAUCACAUACAAAAGCGUAAAAAAGAUAAAUCUCUCAAAUAAUAUCAAUCAUGUCUAAUUGAAAAUAACAAAACCACUCUUAUAUGUAGGAAAAACCUAUCUUAAAUAGCAUGGGGUUUGAAUUCUACUUUUAUGGAAAUAAUAAAUAGAAAAGACUAACUAGGAAACUUUUAAACUAAGAAACUUUAAACUAGGAAAACAUGUAAAAUAAUACCAAAUUUCUUUGUAAAUUGGCCAAGAAAAAGAAACAUAAAAAGUAAAGAAACUUGACUUCUAAAUUGUAUGAGAAAAAUAAAGGAAAACGUGAUGAAACUUGACCGAAAAGUCAUGCCAAAGCAGUCCCAUUUUAGGCAUUAGUUUAGCCCCACAUUUGGGAACGAAUUUCAGCCUUUUUGCACUUGAAAUUUAAGCACCUUUGUUCAUUCAAAUCAGCCUCUCUUUGGUCUCCUUUGAGUUUCCAUGUGGUAGCUCCUUCGACUCUCUUUUGGCCUGCAUGUGGGAAUAGAAAUUCAGCUUCUUUGGCAUCUUCUUUGGUGAUUAGUGGGGUUCCAAUCUUCCUAUUUUUGGGCUUGAACUUGGAUCACAAAAUGUAUGUAGUACUUGACCCACUCGUUACCAUAAUUCUUAGGCUCAUUCUCAUAUCUUUCUUUCACUAUAAACUUCUUCUUGAUUUUUCACUGAAGCCCUUCAACUUUAAUGGAACCAUGCCAUCCUGGAUGCUAUCACAUACUAUCUAAAAUUGAACUACGCAACUGAAAACAAAAAGAUACCAGUGUAAUCGUACUAAGUGGGAUUGGGGUAUGGGGGUGGGGGUGGGGAUUGAGCCAGAUCUUACCCCUAUGUUGGAGGUAAAAAUACUAUUUUUAAUUGACUUUCAACUCAAGCAAAAAACAAUUCAAAGAAGUUCUAAAAAGGAAAUAAUGGAAAUGAAGAGGUCAUGACAAAAUUCUUUGGACAACCUGACAAAUUUUAUCAAACAAUAAUCUCAGCAAGAUAGUACUUGACCCUCAAACAUUACGCUACUUUAAAAUUUUCUAUAUUAGAUCUUACUCAACUUGAACCCUUUAGAUUCCUUGGUAUAUCUUUAAAUCUCCAGCUUAGCGUUAACUACGUCACGGGUCUUGUCAAUGAAAAUUAUAUUAUUUGCAAAUAAUAUACACCGUGCCACUUCUCUUUGGAUAUGCUGCAUUAAUUCAUGCAUCACUGAUGAAAGUAAAAAUGGGCUAAGAGAUAAUGAUUGAUGCAACCCCAUCACAUUUUAGAAGUUCUCUAAGUUUCCCUCCAAUGUCCCUACCCAUGUCAUGGCUCUAUUUUACAUGUUCUUAAUUACCCUAGUGUAAAUAUUAGGAAAAUAAGAUUUAUCUAGAAACUCCUAGUUAGUAGAUAUUUUUUAGAUUUGUCUAGAAACUCCUAGUUAGUAGACAUUUUUGGAUUUGUCUAGAAACUCCCAGUUAGUAGAUAUUUUUGGAUUAAAUAAGUCUUUUAUUUAAAAUAAGUGGUGGUUAGUUAGCCAUAUAUGUAAUUAGUAUUGUGUGAGAUAUUUUUGCUUGUUUUGUGGUUUGUAUUCCUCUCACACACACACUAUAUAUGUGUGUAGUCUAUGCAAUGAUCAAUUAGGAGAAAUAAAUAAGAGCACAAAACAAGUUUCAGCUUUUUUUCUCAGCAGUUUGUUUUCUGGCAUCAAUUUACAGCUCCAUUUUGUUGUUGUUUCAGCUUUUUGUUUUUCAGUUCUUCUUCCCCUUCUUCUGAUAUGGUAUCAAAGCCAAUUUCUUAUGGGAUCUGAAUAUGUUUUUGUUGAUUGGCUCAUAUUAUUAUUAUCUCCUUUUCUUGGAUCUAUUUGCUAGAAUACAUGGCACUAGAAAAUCAACCAAUAAUGGGUCCUCUGAUUUUAUCGGGGGAGAAUUACCAUAUUUGGACCAUUAAAAUAAAGGCUUAUUUGAAAGCUCUCAACUUAUGGGAUGUCGUUGAGAGAGGAGAACCUACUGUCCAGGCAUUGAGAUACAACACAACUCUCAAUUAAAUCAAAAAGUACGAUGAGUUGGUGGCUAGAUCUCCAAGAGCUCUCACUUGCAUCCAUUUAAGCCUUAUGGAAGUGAUGUUUACGAGGAUUGUGGCUUGUGAGAUAGCCAAAGAGCCUUAAGUUAAAAGGGGAGUUUUAAGGCAGCAACAAAGUUAAGUCUUUUAAGGUCUUAGCUUUAAAGAGGGAGUUUGAGCUCUUAAAGAUGAAGAAUUCAGAUACUGUGAAGGAAUACUCUUCCAAGAUGAUGGAUAUUGUGAACCAAAUAAGGAUACUUAGUGAAAAAUUUCUAGAUUAGAAAGUUGUAGAGAAGAUCAUGGUCAGCCUUUCGGAUAAGUUGAAUAAAAAAUCUCAGCUAUUGAAGAUCUAGUGACUUGACUACUCUUUCAAUAGCUAAGCUGAUCUCUAAAUUGCAAAUACAAGAGCAACGGGUAACUAUGAAAAGUGAAGGGACAAUUGAAGAUGCCUUUCAAGUAAGGCAUAAAUUCAAGCAACCAAAUAAAGUCAAAAUGGUUUCUUUAGACCACUCUAGAGAGGCAAAAUCUGGAGGAUACCAAGGUGAAUCAUCGAGGAAAGGUAAAUUUCCACCUUGUGGUGUUUGUAAUAAGACAAACCACUUAGAGAAGAAUUGUUGUCAGAAGUCCAAGUGUUCUCUAUUCAAUGUAGAUAUUGUAAGAAUUAUGAACACAUUGAAAAGUAUCGCAGGAAAAAGCAAGCUCAAAGUGGUCAGUCUUCCCAAAGAGUAAAUUUUACGAAAGAUCACCAAGUUGAAAAAUUAGAGGAGGAGGUAUUUAUGACUUUGCACACAUCACAUGUUGAUCGAUAUAAUUGUUAUGUUAAUAGUUUGUGCACAAGGCACAUGACGAUUAAUGAAUAUCUAUUUUUUAGCUUGGACAUGUCUGAUAGGACCAAAGUGAAGCUUGGAGAUGCUGCACUGGUGCAAGCUCAAGGAAGAGGAUCAGUGAAAUUCCUUAUGAAUGAAGGGGUGAUAUAUGGAGUAAUAAAGUAAUGUGCAAACCAAAUUUGAUUCACGAGAAAGGAACUAAAGUUGUUGGUCUAAACUGCAAUCCUCUUCAACCAGAUCUUCUUUUGAGCUUUGGGAAUGAUCACUUUGACUCAACAAAAUCUCUUGUUGUCAUUGGGCGUUACAUUAACAAAAAUUAUUAUGGAGAUGCUUUGCAUCCCAUUGACUUUAUAAACAUCAGUACUGGGCAGUUGGUCGCAGAGCUCAUGGACCCAAACGUAACAACUAUUAGUCCGGUGAACAAGCUACAUCCACGUGAAGAUAUUCCUAUGGUGGUUCAAGGUCUCUUUUCAUUUGUAGGCCUAAGAAGCUGGACAUCGCACAACCUAGAGGCUAGAGAAAAGAGGAUGUUAUUAUGCUGGGAGGUCAGUAAAAAACUUAUCAAGAAGCAUGGUAAUAAUAGUGAUGAUGAUUAUGACAAUGAUAUAUUAAGAAGCAAGGAUAACGGCCUCGAGUAGAAGAAACUUCCAUCAAAAUCUUCAUAUGGUUCUAGGAAAAGCUGUCAACUUUAAGACCAAACGACACCUCUGCCUAUGAUAACUAUGAGCAUAAAGCACUUUUUGUUGAGAAACUUUGCUUCUUUUCCUUGGGAGGGCUGUGGCUUGACUAUAUUAUAGUGUCUUAGAGUAAAUCAGGUAGUAUCUGGGUGUCCAUGUCCACUUUCGGUAUUGUAUUAUUCCUGUCUUAUCCUUCUUUAAACAGCUAAUUUGGUUUCCAAAUCCACCUUCUGUUUGGUAUAAUUCCCGUCUUAUCCUUCUUCCAACAGCUAGUAUAUCUUUUU